CCUGUGUUUCAGAUUCGAUCGAACGAAUUUGAAAUUGGAUUGUUGAGAAGUGUCUUGUUUGUUUGAAAAAGAGUCUUGUUCAGAAGAAAUGUCUUUGUUUGCCAAUUUUCUCAACUCAUGGCCUGCAUAUUGCAAACAUCAAGUGAUUAAUAAUAUCGUCAAAGAAUGGAAAAAAUUUGCAUCGAAAAUUUUGCCAACAAAAAUAUUCAUUGCCAGUUUGCCGAUAACCGAUUCGAAUGCAGAUGACGUAUUGAUCAAAAGUGCGUUGGAUUUCUAUGACAAAAAUUUGAGCCAAUGGAUCAGUCAAAAGUCGUCGUUUGGUAUCAUUUAUCAGUAUCCGUGCAGAUUCCAGAAUGAUCAUGAAGAUUCAAAAUUUAAAUUCUUACACGAAUCACAUAUCAAUCAACAUGUUUCAUUGGUUUUGUUUUGUCCAAAAUCCGAGACACUCAAGCUACAACAGAUGCUCACGCGAACACGUUUUCACUGGUAUCGAAAGCUAUCUAAAUCACCGAUGAAAUCGGGAUUUCAGACCAAUUUGAAUGGAAACGAAAAUCUUUUUCAGAUCGGUUAUCAACCAAAACGGCCGAUUUUUGAUGAAUCCAUCACAUUGGACACGAUACGAUUGAAUUGUGGUGAACAAAAUUCUUUACAAGAUGUGGAUAUUAUUUCCUGUAAUAGUAAUCUUCACAAUUGUUUAUUGGCAUUUCUUGAUGACUGUUUUACACGAAAUGACGAGGAAAAAAUUGUUAUGAAACUCAACCCACAAUUGGUGCCGUUCAAGUUGGCCAUAAACAUUGAUUCGGACGGCUGUAAAGCGAUUGGCCACCGGAAACUGUUGGAGGUAGCCGAACAUCUUAUCGGAUUGUUGGAGGAAUAUCCAGAUAUAUCGAUAUUUCCAUUCACGCCGGAUAAUCCAAUCACCAUUGACCAGUGUGAUCGAUUAGCAGUAAAGUAUUGCAUAAUAUUGACAGAAGAAACGCUGCGCACUGGAAUUAUUCAUCUACGAAAUCGUGAUACAACCAUUUCGGAACAAAUACACAUUUCAAAUUUAUUGAAAACAAUUUUAUUUUAUUUACAACCAGAAAAAUUGAUUACAUAUGUGGACAAGUAAAUUGUACAGAGCCAUUUGCCUGUAAAAAAAAGAUUAAAGAAAGAGAAAAAUAUUGUUCGAA